AUGGCCCCCAAGAAGGAUAAAGUUCCUCCUCCGUCCUCUAAACCCGCAAAAUCCGGCGGUGGCAAGCAAAAGAAGAAGAAGUGGAGCAAAGGAAAGCAAAAGGAGAAAGUGAACAACAUGGUCCUGUUCGACCAAGCAACAUACGACAAGCUUCUCUCUGAGGCUCCCAAGUUCAAAUUGAUCACCCCUUCUAUUCUCUCCGACCGUUUGAGGAUCAAUGGCUCGCUUGCUCGGAGGGCGAUCAGAGAGUUGAUGGCUAAGGGAACCAUCAGGAUGGUGUCUGCUCACUCAAGCCAGCAGAUCUACACUAGGGCAACCCACGGCUAG